AUGGAAGAGCAAGACUUAAACCAAGAAAUCAAUGAGGUAAUAGAUAGCUAUAACCUACCCAUAAGUAUUGAUUAUAAUCACAUUGUCGCACAAAUUGAUAACCUUAUGGAAACGUUAUUAAGACUGAAUCUAGACAAUAAAGAGAAAAGCAGCAAUAGCAAAGUCAUUGUUGAAAGGAAAGACAAUAAUGAAUUGAAUCAUAAACCUACAGAUAAAAUGCUUAUAGUUAAUAAAACAGCACUAAAACAAGACAGAGAACUUGUGAAAGAAAUCUUUUCUGAUGAAAAGAUAGAAUACAGAGAAGACCAGAAUAUAAUUAGUAAGACACCAAAAGAACAAGAUACUAAUACCAAAAAGCAAGUUAAGAAAACAAAUACUUAUCUAACAUCAACAGAGUAUCUUCAAAAGUCACUCAACCAGCCUACUAUAAAAGACUAUGAUGGAAUGUCUUCGAUGCUUGAUCAAAAGAUGUUCGUAGAUCUUGAUAACUCCUUAAAGGAGAAUAAAGAUAUUAAUAUAAUAUUAAAAUUAAAUAAGAACCAAAUAAUUAAGAAUUGUCUCAAUCCAAAGAGUUUGAUACUCAUAUUUCUAAAGACCAUAAUAUCAGUAACUCUCAAGAGUGUCCUCAGCUGUAUCCAGCUACUUAGAACCCAAGAAUUGAUAAAUCCUUAUACUGGGCUUCAAUUUCCUGAUGUUUUUAAUAGAACGCCAGAUCUAGACAUAACUAGUAAAGAAUCAGAACAAAGAUCUCAAAUACAUAGUAAAGUCCUUGUCUGCAAUUCAAGUGAUGAGCAAGACAUAAGUAAGAAACAAAUCAAGUGUAAGCUCGAGAGUAAGAGAUUUCAUGACCAUAGUAAAGAUCUAAAAGAUCUUGAAAGGUCUAAACCUCAGAAAGAUCACAAGAGAAGGCUCAAUGUAUUGAGAAAGUCUAGUAACGACUAUAAAAGCUAA